CGGUAAACGCAGAGCUAAAUAGACGGAAUAAGUGGUUAAGUGUCUUCUGCCAAAAUGAACGUGAUAUCGGUGAUUUCGUUGGUGCUGGUGGUGGUAGCGGGUGGCAGUGCAUACAUUACAGGCAACGGGUACAAUAUCCAGACCAAACACUCAUCGCAUUACUUUGGCAACGGGGCGAAUGCCAUCGAUUCCUAUCAACCGUUGGGCAUCGGGUCGGGUUACAGUGAGGCCGGUGUGAUUGGUUACAAAUCCUCCCAGGACGGUGCCUACCCGGAAAAUGGCUACGACUACAGUGAUCACUACGCUUACCCGAAGUACAAGUACGACUACGGUGUGCAGGAUGCGCACACCGGGGACCAUAAGAGCCAGUGGGAAAUCCGUGACGGAGACGUCGUCAAGGGAGGUUACACGCUGUACGAUGCUGACGGUACGAAGCGCGUGGUAGAAUACUCGUCCGACAAGCACCACGGAUUCCAGGCUCACGUCAAGCGAGUGGGCCAUGCUUACCACCCGCAGGUGUACAAAACGGAACACGGCAUUUCUGGCGGUGGCUACGAUGAAGCGGAAGGUUACAGCUACAGCAAUAUUAAUCAGCAUCUGUAAAGGGGCUGCUGUGUCUUAGCUUCCUCUCUACAAUAAUUUAUUUACCUUAUUCAGUAUCUCUCCUCUUGCUUCUUAUGCUGUGUACUGCUCGAAAGAUGGCCGUAUGAAUGCGCAACGACGAAAAAACGCCUGAAUGUAUGCUCAACGUAGGACACGUGUUUCGAGUACGCAAA